AUGCGUCUACCUAUAACAAAGAAGAAACGACAAGAGAAAUCUCAAAAUGAUGACUCGAUUAAUAUGGUCUCCAUUUCUAAACAAGUUCUUUUAACACUACAACAACAAAAUAAUUUUUUAAAUGAUGAAAAAUCUAAUGUUAAAGAUAAUCCUUCAAAAUAUUAUUCUCUGGAUGAUUUAGAAAAUGAUGAUUUUGAUCUGUUAAAUAUCGGCCAUUAUAUGUGUAGAUAUCAAUGGCAAGGAAAUUUCUCAUCCCCAAUAAAUGAAAAUUUGAUUAAUGGAAUGCGAGUUCUUGAUAUUGGAUGCGGUGCAGGAUCAUGGAUUUUAGAUAUGGCCGCGCAAUAUCCAUCAAGUACAUUCCUCGGACUUGAUAAAUUAGAUCUAUUUCCACCAUCUGACAAACGAUUUCCAAACACUGGAUUCAUACAAGCGAAUGUAUUGGAUGGAAUUCCUUUUCCUGAUAACACAUUUGAUUUCGUUUGUGAACGGUUCCUUGCGUUCACUGCAUUGACCGGAUGGCAGUUUACUUAUUUACUGAAUGAAAUGAUCAGGGUGUGUAAACCGGGCGGAUGGAUUGAGAUAAUGGAAUAUCGAGGGUACGAAAAUGCUGGACCUAUCGCACAAGCCGGAUUAAAUCAAA